UCCGGGAAGUUCGGGAGUUAUUUGACAGCCGCCGGCGGAGCCGCACGGGACGCGGAGGGCCGCAGGGUGCGGAGGGCGGCGGGUGGAGUCGGGCGCCCGCAGCGCGGGGACAGGACCGCGUGCCGCGCGCGUCACCAUGCUGCUCCCGCAGCUCUGCUGGCUGCCCCUGCUCGCCGGGCUGCUCCCGCCCGCGCCCGCGCAGAAGUUCUCGGCGCUCACGUUUUUGCGAGUGGAUCAAGACAAGGACAAGGACUGCCAGCUGGUGUGUGCGGGUUCCUCACAGAAGCCACUGUGCGCGUCUGACGGCCGGACCUUCCUGUCCCGCUGCGAGUUCCAGCGUGCCAAGUGCAAGGACCCUCAGCUGGAGAUCGCUUACCGGGGCAACUGCAGAGACGUGUCCAGGUGUGUGGCCGAGAGGAAGUACACCCAGGAGCAGGCCCGGAAGGAGCUGCAGCAGGUGUUUAUUCCGGAAUGCAACGAUGACGGCACCUACAGCCAGGUGCAGUGUCACAGCUACACGGGAUACUGCUGGUGCGUCACGCCCAACGGGAGGCCCGUCAGUGGCACGGCCGUGGCCCACAAGACGCCCCGGUGCCCCGGUUCCAUAAAUGAAAAGUUACCCCAACGGGAAGGCACAGGAAAAACAGUCUCCUUGCAAAUCUUUUCCGUUCUGAAUUCAGAUGAUGCCUCGGCCCCAGCGCUGGAGACUCAGCCUCAAGGAGACGAAGAAGAUAUCGCGUCCCGUUACCCCACGCUUUGGACGGAGCAAGUUAAAAGUCGGCAGAACAAAACCAAUAAGAAUUCAGUGUCCUCCUGCGACCAGGAGCAGCAGUCGGCCCUGGAAGAGGCCAGGCAGCCCAAGAACGACAACGUGGUGAUUCCGGAGUGCGCCCACGGCGGGCUCUACAAGCCGGUGCAGUGCCACCCGUCCACCGGCUACUGCUGGUGCGUCCUCGUGGACACCGGACGCCCCAUCCCCGGCACGUCCACCAGGUACGAGCAGCCAAAAUGUGACAACACAGCCCGGGCUCACCCGACCCGAACAAGGGACUUGUACAAGGACCGUCCCCUGCAAGGUUGUCCGGGUGCCAAAAAGAAUGAGUUUCUGACGAGCAUUCUGGACGCGCUGUCCACGGACAUGGUGCACGCCGUGUCCGACCCCUCCUCCGGCAGGCUUUCAGAACCCGACCCCAGCCACACGCUAGAGGAGAGAGUGGUCCACUGGUAUUUCAAACUACUUGAUAAGAACUCCAGUGGGGACAUUGGCAAAAAGGAGAUCAAGCCCUUCAAGAGGUUCCUUCGGAAAAAAUCAAAACCCAAGAAAUGCGUGAAGAAGUUUGUCGAAUACUGCGACGUGAAUAAUGACAAGUCCAUCUCGGUGCCGGAGCUGAUGGGCUGCCUGGGGGUGACGAAAGAAGAAGGUAAAGCCAGUGCCAGGAAGCGCCCCACCCCCAGAGUUAAUGCUGAAAGCACUUCUAAUAAACAGCCAAGAAAGCAAGGGUAGCGGCUCACACAUCCAAGGCGGUUCCUGGACACGUGGGAGACUCCCUCACCAAAAAGCAAUUAAAAAAACCCCCAAACACAUAGUAUUUGCACUUUGUACUUUCAAUGUAAAUUCACUUUGUAGAAAUGAGAUAUUUAAACAGACGGCUUUAAUCUGUGAAAUGGAAGGGCUGGCUUCAGAAAACUAAUCACAUACAAUGUAUGUGCCCUCUUUGGACCUUGGAAAUCUGCACUUGGUAGAUGUAUUUCGAGUGGCUUUAGGCUUAAUUUCUUUAUCCCGCACAUGCUGACCUAGUAGAGCUCUUAGCCGCGGCCCCGACCCCCUGCCCUCCCCCCACCCCUCCCCGCCCUGGGCAGCCGCCCCCCACAGGCCACGCCGGCGUCCUCUGAGGUCCGCUGUGCCCGCGGCUCUUCGAAUCUGCGUCGGCAGCUUCCGCAGAAGUUUGCAGUCCUCUGCCGUCCUCAUCGUGCCCUUAACGAGCGCAUGGGUUUAUCUGCUUCUUGGGACUCUGUGUUGGUUGUUUGUCUUGGGACUCUGUGUUGGAGAGGUUGUGCUCUCCAGAGAUGGCGUUCUCCCGAUGAGCCAAGCGGGCACCGCGGCGAUGCGCUGAGUCUGGGCAGUGCCCGUAGGAAGGGCUGCUUCCAGCCUGGCUUUGGGGGCUGCUUUUCCUUCUCGAGCUUCGGUUUGCGCGUUGCCUUGGGCUCACAGUAACCACGCAGUAAAAUACUAGGGAUCGCCCCUGCCGUCCCGAGGCAGCCAGGAGAGGCCCGGCGUCCAGAGAAGCGGGUUUAGUCCCGCGCCCCGGCCAGCGCCGAGUGCCCCGCUUCUGUCCUGGCACGUGGCCGCUGCCCACCGUGCCCCGGCCGGCUCUGGGCAUCCUGGGAGGUGACCGGGCACCUGAACGACUCGGGAGCACCCUCCAUAGAGACGGCUCAGCCGGCGUCCGCCGUAGCCGGGAUGCCGGUCUCGGCCGGUCCCCUGCUCCCGCCUCGUCCUUCUCUGUGGCCUCAAGGGCACAAGGACGUGCCCGUAGGGGAUCCACCCGAGUGGCCCUUGUGAGAGCAGGUCAGGAGCUGAAUGCCCACGCUGUGAGCAGCGGGGCCGGCCUGCGGUGCGACCGCGGGCACCCAGAGCUGGGCCCCGACACUGCACGCGUCCGCUGGCUCGACCGAGCCGUUUGGAGGACGGGCCGACAGCUGUGGGAGCCGGGUUGUGAUCCUGUUUCGGCUCCAGCUUUCGGUUGGAAAAAUAAUCUUCAUGGCCCCAAGUUCCCCCAACGCACGUCAUGUAAGACGAUCUCUGUGCAUGUGCAUGAAGAUAUUUUAUGAGGCUUCUUACUUAUUUAAACUGUACGAAAGUAAAAACCGAAACUUUGGAGCCACAAAACCAGCUUCGGUGUCUGUCACGUUGUUUAAGAAACAGUUAGGAUCCUAAAUUUAUUGGAUAAUCUUUUAUAUUUCUGAACUUUGGAUUUAAUCAUUUUUCGUAGAUUCAAAUAAAACAUGCUUUCAA